AUGCCCGGCGGGGAGAGAAGGCAGCGGCUGGCAGCACCACCCCCUGCCCAUGCAGGCCAGCCCGGGGAGCAAGGCCGGGCCCCUCCCGCCCCUGCCUUCCCAGCGAUGCUCCUGGGGAAGCUGUGGGGAACGUGUAGCCUCGGACGCUGUGCUCUCUUCUUCGGCCUGGCCCUCCUGCUCGACGUCGUGGGCCUGGUCCUUCUGCUCGUGGGCAUCUUCGCCUCCCUUGACUUCUGGGACUUCUUGAUCUACACGGGGUCCCUGAUCCUGGCUUUCAGCCUGCUCUUCUGGAUCGCCUGGUACACCCUCAACAUUGAGGUGCCUCUUGAGAAACUGGACUUGUAG